CUUAAUAAAGCGUACUUGAGGACAAAUAUGUUGAAAUAAAAACAAUGAACCAGAUAAUGGUUUCAAGUUAUUGUAAAUUUUAAAUGUAUUCUAAAGAAACUUUUGAGAUACAUGAAUAUUACAUUUUGGCUACUGUUAGAAAACUAUUUUUUUUCAGUGGUAGUACGGAGCGCAUAAAUUGAAACUUGUGUAUACAAAUAAUGUAAUAUUGUAUAUAGAGACAUUUAUAUUAAAUGGAUUUAAAGAACCCAGGACUCUCUCAGUCGGAUUAUACGUUUCUAUAUCAGUGGAAUCGUUCCCUCACUGACCUCGAUCUAAAGCGACGCAAAGCAGACAAACGCGAAAGAGACAGAAUGCAGAUUAGAAUUAUAGAAAAGAUAGCGAACCCUACGCUUGGAUUUGAAGUAGAAAACUUCAAACUCUUUGGAGGCCUCAAGAAAACAACGACAGAAAUUCACAACACACUACCGUCACUUGAUACUGUUUCCGCAGAGAGGGAAUGUAAUUCUUUCGAGGAUAAACGGAGGCGCCAACCUCAUGCAGUAAAGUACAAUAACUUCUAUGGAUGUAUUCAACAAGAAGCCACAAAACCAAGAACUCCCAGAACCGCAUCAUCUGUUGCUAUAUCUGGCAUUGACGAAGAACGCACAAGUUCUCGGAUUCAGUUAACAUCACGUGAACGUGCAAACAAUCAAUCACGUGGCUCAUUGUUUUCUCAAAAUGAACAAAGUGGCUCUUUAUUUUCAAACAGUGAAUCGGGCCGUAAAUCUGACUUGCCGUCCCGGGGUAGCAAAGACUUUUUAGAGCCACGUACUCCAGUACCUUAUAGGAAUAAUAUAUAUUGAACUUAUUUGCUGUAAAUAUGAAAAUACAUUCUUGCAUUUAGCAAAAUCCGGAUGUCUAGGAGUGGGUAAAACGUAUCAUUUUGUAAAUUAUGAAAUAAAUUAUAACCAGUC